GGGGCACUUUACUGUUACACGUAUGUUUCUGGAAAAGAGGCGUCCAGCAGAAGUACCGCUUAAAAGUUUCAUAAGCGGGUCUUUGAGCAACAGAAGAGGCUGCCAAAUGAGGAGGUGGUGCUGCUCGAGCGCCCUGUAGCCGCCUGACGAGACGUGGUCAGCAAGUCAAUCGGAGGGGUGAAUAGAGGAGCCCGUGUGUGAGCGCGCGACGAACGCGCGCGCGGCCAAGUGGGAGUGAGCGCUUAUAUACAGCGGCGGAGCGGCAGAGGGGCACGAGGCGAGCACAAGAACGAAGAGGAGCGCGAGAGCAGCAGGAGGACUCUUCGCAGGGGGGGGGACACACGCAGAGCACCGCGCCCACCCCUCGGCAGCGCCGCGCCGGCACGCGCUCUCCCGUCCGUCCCGCGCGAUCCGCAGUUGUUCCGAAGCGUAGCGUCGCGAGGCACAUAAACAGCCCGUCUUCUUUCUCUCUCCCCCCCUCCGCCCCUCGUCGCUGAGACCACGCCAUGGCGGUGCUGACAGGGGGUGACAAAUGCAUCAAAUACCUGCUGUUCACGUUCAACUUCAUCUUCUGGCUUGCAGGGACGGCGGUGCUGGCCAUCGGCCUGUGGCUACGCUUCGACUCCAAGACCAAGGGCUUGUUUGAAGGAAAUGAGUCUCCCACUGUGUUCUUCACAGGAGUCUACAUUCUCAUUGCUGCCGGUGCCCUCAUGAUGGUUGUAGGGUUUCUGGGCUGCUGUGGGGCUAUCCAAGAGUCACCGUGCAUGCUGGGACUGUUCUUCUUCUUCCUGCUCCUAAUAUUCGCAGUGGAGGUUGCUGCUGGAAUUUGGGGUUUCUCCAAUCAAGACAAGGUAGUCAAUGAAAUAAUUGAGUUUUACAAGCAGACCUUCCAGAACUACAAAGACACCAAACAGGAGGCACUGAAGGAGACGUUGCGUCUAAUUCAAUAUGGGCUCAACUGCUGUGGCCCUACUGGCACCCCAUUUGAUGGAGCCAAAGACACCUGUCCCAGAAAGGAUGGCCUAGACCAGUUCAUCACAACGAGCUGUCCCAGCGCAAUUGAGGAACUCUUCAGCUCCAAGCUACACAUCAUCGGAGGGGUAGGGAUCGGCAUUGGGAUCAUCAUGAUCUUUGGUAUGAUCUUCAGCAUGAUGCUCUGCUGUGCCAUCAGAAGAACUCAGGAAGUGGUGUAGCAACAUUGUUGUCACGACAACGCCUUGCUGUUUAGUAAUGUCUGUCCCAGAUCACAGCUUCGACUACCCAUAUAACCUCUAAUCGUCUCAUCAACAAAGAGCCAGUUAAAAAUUUCAUCCAAUCCCUAAUGAGAAAUUCAGCACUCGAUGGACAUCGUGUACUCAUAUUUGUGAGAUGGCCUGUUUUCUCAAACAAAAGCUAGACAAUUAAUAGUUUGUAAUUAGUGAUUAGCAAAGCAGCUUUAUUUCUCUUUAUAUACAGCCCAUGUUUGAGAUGAAAAAGCCUUUAAGUCUUUGACUUUAUUUUAUAUUUUUUAAACAUUUUGUUCUGCACUAUGGUAUUUGUGGUUUUUUCUUAAGCUGCGAUUAAUAUGUACUUUUUUAAUGCUUCAUUGAGUAACAUGAUUUAUAGUUGAUUUUUAAUGUACUUCACUGAACACAAAAGAUGUAACAUUUUAAAAUGCCAAAUAAAAUUGUGAUAACCAGUUUA